AUGUCACUUGCACACACAGCUGCAGAGUACAUGCUCUCGGAUGCCCUGCUGCCUGACCGCAGGAGCCCCCGCCUCAAAGGACUGCGCCUGGAACUGCCCCUGGACCGGAUAGUCAAGUUCGUAUCUGUGGGCUCCCCCUUGUUGCUGAUGUCCCUGGCAUUCGCCCAGGAGUUCUCCUCUGGGUCUCCAAUCAGUUGCUUCUCUCCCAGUAACUUCAGCAUCCGGCAGGCAGCCUACGUGGACAGCUCCUGCUGGGACUCACUGGUUCACCAUGAGCAGGACGGGCCUAGUCAGGACAAGAUGAAAUCUCUCUGGCCCCACAAGGCCCUCCCCUACUCCCUGCUGGCCCUGGCCUUGCUCAUGUACCUGCCGGUGCUGCUGUGGCAGUAUGCAGCUGUGCCAGCCCUCAGCUCCGAUCUGCUGUUCAUCAUCAGCGAACUGGACAAAUCCUAUAAUCGCUCCAUCCGCCUGGUGCAGCACAUGCUGAAGAUCCGGCAGAAGAGCUCUGACCCCUAUGUGUUCUGGGAUGAGUUGGAGAAGGCUCGGAAAGAACGAUACUUUGAAUUCCCUUUGCUAGAGCGGUACCUGGCAUGUAAGCAGCGUUCACAUUCACUAGUGGCUACCUACCUCCUGAGGAACUCCCUCUUACUCCUCUUCACCUCCGCAACUUACCUAUACCUUGGUCAUUUCCAUCUGGAUGUCUUUUUCCAGGAAGAAUUCAGCUGCUCCAUCAAGACAGGGCUGCUAAGUGAUGAGACCCAUGUCCCCAAUCUCAUCACAUGCAGGCUGACAUCGCUGUCCAUUUUCCGGAUUGUUAGCCUCUCCAGUGUAGCAAUAUACACCAUAUUGGUUCCAGUGAUCAUAUACAACCUCACACGGCUAUGUCGAUGGGACAAACGACUCUUAUCUGUCUAUGAGAUGCUCCCAGCUUUUGAUCUCCUCAGCAGAAAGAUGCUAGGGUGUCCCAUCAAUGACCUCAAUGUGAUCCUUCUUUUUCUCCGAGCUAACAUCUCUGAGCUCAUCUCUUUUAGCUGGCUGAGUGUCUUAUGUGUGUUAAAGGAUACGACCACCCAGAAGCACAAUAUUGACACAGUAGUUGAUUUUAUGACUUUAUUGGCUGGCUUAGAACCCUCAAAACCCAAAUAUCUCACCAACCCAGCAUGUGAUGAACACCCAUAG